AUGACGAAUACUGGACUUCAAUCAAUUUCUGAUCUUACUGCCUCAACAUGUAUAACAACUGGUGACAUUCCACCGCCACUAGUCGGUUCCUCGACGACAGUGAUAGGAACGCGACUGUACUUAUUUGCUGGUAGACUGGUAUCAACUCGUCGAAUGACCGGUGAUCUUUACAUACUCGAUUUGAAUACAUUUGUGUGGACCAGAUUCGUAGAUGAAGAGAACAAAGCACCAAAAUACAGAUAUUUUCAUUCCGCAAAUCAAUACAAGAACACAAUCGUAUUCUUUGGUGGGAUGGGAUACUCGAACUCGACUACGUCAAAUGAAGAACUAUGCGUGUUGGACGAUGUGUCGGUAUUCGAUCUGGACACGUAUAAAUGGCAUUACCCAGAAAUUGUGCCUUCCUCGUCUUCACCGCGGCCCAGAUACGCGCAUUUAGCAUCCAUCACCGCUAAUAAAUUGGUGGUUGUCGGUGGACAAGACAUGAAGAAUUAUUAUAUUGAGCAGAUUAACGUAUUGGAUUUGGAUCAGUGGUGUUGGACUUUUUCACGAUCAUUUGAGAAACAUUGUGGUGCUUAUCGAUCUGUUGCUGUUAGUAGCACAAGUCAUACAAAUUUACCGUUGUUUGCGAAUAGUGUGGGUCAAUCUUUGAUACAUGGUGCGUCGAAAGAAGCUCCUGUCUCAAAUAAUAGCAUUCAUAAUUCACGACCAUCAACACCAGAUGUAGAUUCAUCUCCAAUUUUACGCCGAUCAUCUUCACAAUCGUUACACUCGAGUAAUAUUGCAGCUGGUAAUGGUAGCGUUGGUGCAUUUGGUAGUAGAGGUUCAUUACGUCGAUCCCCAUCCCUCGUGAAACAUCAACGUUCAUUAAGGCGCUUGCAAUCAGGAAACUCCCUUCAUCGAUUUUCAUACACGACAUACGUGACAGAAGAUAAUCCGAACCCAAUUUAUUUAUACUCGAAUUACAAUUUUACCGAUGUCAAACGUGAACUACAAGUCAUUGAUCCGCCAACAAAACCGGAUUACCAAAUAAUGGAUCACUCACCAAAUAUGACUGGCGCAUUUCUGCCACCAGGUCUCCGAUUUCCUACAGGUGCGAUCCUCGGGCAUCAUCUAAUAAUCUCGGGUACUUAUCUGACCAAUACCAUUCAAACAUUCAGUAUCUGGGCGUUGAAUUUAACGAAUUUAGUGUGGACGCGAAUUGACACCGGAUCAUGUUUCACUCAAGGAUCAUGGAAUCGGGGAGUUUUGUGCGAGGAGACUAACAAAUAUAUCGUACUCGGUCAUCGUGAUCGUUCGCUUGUCGAAGAUUAUAACCAUCGACAAACAAAUUUCGAUCAUAUGACAGUGGUUGAUUUAGAAGCGUUUGGUGUUUAUCAACCUCCAGCGGCGACAAUGUCACCAGUUGCCCAGGAACUAGGACUUGCAUUGAUGAAUGAACCAAAUAUGGCCGAUUUCGAGAUAUUCACAAUUGAUAAACAGCGAAUUCCCGUAAAUUCAAAUGUGUUGUCAAAUAGAUGGCCGCAGUUUCGAGUGUUGGUGGAUAAACAUGCGGACCUUGCGGCCGAGAUUUGUUAUGACGAUGAUACUCCGCGACCUGCCGACGAAGAAACUGGAAUAUUAAUGUAUCGAAAUCGAGCUCUAGAAUUUCCAGAGACAUUUAAUGUGACUUUAGCAUUCUUACAAUACUUGUAUACAGAUCAUUUACUAACAGCACAUCAGCAUCAACCCACGAUACUUGCACAAUUACUUUUACUGGCAGAUAUGUAUAACCUCGAUAGACUUCGUCAAUUGGCCAGACAUGGUCUUCAUCAAUUAUUGAGCAUGGCAACUGCUGCACUGAUCUACGAGACUGCUGCACUAUCACGACAGACUGGACUUCAGAUUCGCGCAUUAAAAGUUAUGAUCGCUGCAAAGAAAAUGUUGCAACAACAACAACAAUCACCGUCUUCACCUUCAAAUGAUCAACAACAAAGAACACAUCAUCAUAUGAGUAUGAGUAAUGCAUCAAUAAUUACCCGGUCAUCAUUGAUCGAUCAAGAUCUUAUAUCACCAAUGACUCAAUGGUCAAAUUCAUCAAGUCCACCGCUAUCAGCAGCCCUCGACCAGACAAGAGCAUCAUAUUACGAUCCAUAUGUCACGCAUAUGAACUCUCCUUAUAAUGGUGGUGGUUUUCGUACACGCUCAUCCUCGGCAGCUUCCGCUCUCUCAAUGUCUAAUAAUUUACGAAAUUAUUUACCAACGAUACAAGAUUCAAUGUCUUCAUCAGAGACAAUCGUCGAAGAUGGACAAUCGACAACGUCAACAUUAAAUUAUAGCUCAUUAAGAUCCACGAGAUCGACGACUUCAUUAAAAUCCAUAAGAUCCCAACUCGUAACUUCGCCAAAUGGUAGUGUAUAUGCUACUGGUGGUGUUGAGGUUCAACAACAGCAACAACAUCAUAAUCCAGGAUUUAGUUAUGUUAAUAACCGAUUGACUAAUUUGGCUUUCAAUUGA